AUGACUACUUUUGAUGAUGUUUUGAUUGAAGUCGGAGAGUUUGGUGUUCACCAAAAGACAAUUUUCUUCCUAAUCUGUUUGGCAGCAGCAAUUUUCGCCUAUUUGUAUGUUGGAAUUGUUUUUCUAGCUCUUACUCCUGACCAUUGGUGCAGGGGUCCUGGAGUGAGCGAGUUGACGAUUAAAUGUGGUUGGUCUCUUGAAGAAGAAAGGAAUUAUACGGUGCCUCUUGACAGUGUUGACAACUCCUCGUUCAGUCGUUGUAAGAGAUAUGAUAUAAAAUGGAAUGCCACUUCAUUCAGCUGUGAUAAUCCACUUUCGUUUCUCCAAAAUGCCUCAGCGGAACUACCCCUUACAGCAUGCGAGGAUGGCUGGGUAUUUGAAGAAGGAUCUCUCUCAAGCAUCGUGACAGAGUUUGGACUAGUGUGUGCUGAGGCUUGGAAGGUGGACCUGUCCCAGUCUUGUCUAAAUGCGGGAUAUAUGCUUGGAACAAUAUUCCUGGGUUUUGCAGCAGACAUUUAUGGCAGAAAAAAAAGCUUCCUGUUUUCGGUUUUUACAACCUCAGUUGCUGGACUUGCCGUGGCGUUUGCUCCAACUUACCUUUGGUUCGUCAUCUUCCGCACUCUGCAGGGAUUGCUCAGCAAGGGGGGUUGGCUGAGUGCCUAUGUCUUAAUUACAGAAAUUGUCGGAAUGGAGUAUAGAAGAACAGUGGGGAUUGUGAACCAGAUGUUCUUCAGUAUCGGGAUGGUACUACUUGCUGCUGUCGCAUAUUUUAUACCAGCCUGGAGAGGUUUACAGUUGGCAGUUACCAUACCAAACUUUGCCUUCCUCGCCCUCUACUGGCUGAUGCCGGAAUCUCCGAGAUGGUUGCUGUCUCAAAAGAAAUAUGCUGAGGCCCAAAGAAUUCUACGGAAGAUGGCAAAAAAGAACAAAAAGCACAAUUUCUCGACAGAUGUUGAGGUGGCUAAUACAGUUCAAAUUGAAGAUUGUGCUGAAACAUUGAAGAGGCCCUCAGCUAUAGACUUGGUAAAAACACCACAGAUAAGGAAACAUACGCUUAUUCUGAUGUUCAACUGGUUUUCAAGUGCUGUGGUGUACCUCGGGCUUGUCAUGCGUUUGGGAGUUAUUGGAGGAAACAUUUACAUCAAUUUUGUCAUCUCAGGAGCUGUGGAAAUACCAGCUGCAAUCAUCAUUAUCCUGCUUAUUGACAGAGUUGGACGUCGCUUUCCCUUUGCUGGGGGCAAUUUUCUAGCAGGUGCAUCCUGCCUGAUAACUGCCUUCAUUCCUGAUGAUCAAUUCUGGCUGAAAGCAGUAAUCUCAUCUUUGGGCAAACUAGGAAUUACGGUGGCCUUUUUAAUGGUCUGUUUUGUAAAUACCGAAUUAUAUCCAACAUUUUUAAGGAACUUUGCGGUUUCAGUGUGCUCAGUACUGAGUGAUUUGGGGGGAAUCGUAGCACCAUUCCUACUGUACAGGUUGGCAGCUAUCUGGAUCGAAAUGCCCCUUGUGGUUUUUGGAGUGAUUGCUUUGAUUGCUGGUAUACUAAUCUUGUUUCUACCUGAAACCAUGGGGAUUACCUUACCAGAGACCAUUGAAGAGGCAGAAACCAUUGGACGAGAGAAGAAACCGGCUCCAAAGACAACCUAUGAGCUCGUUACUGCACAUCCGCCAGCAGAAACAAAUAACAACAAGUGA